UCUCUCGUCAUCUGGGCAUAAUAUGCACAGAGAAUGCCCAUCUGCAGACGCGCAAUUAGGUGCACGAAAGAGUUAAAACCAAACCAAACUGACAGAAGAAGCGAAACCGGAUUUAUAAGUUUCCAUUUCCUAAUUUGCGGGCGCUGCUCUGUCUGCUGCUGAAAAGCCUGCACUGAAUGAUCGGCUGUGGAAAGUUUUAGUGAAGGACAAAAACUUCCGUCUAGCGCAUCUGUGCAUCAACAUCUGAUGUUUCAAAUGCAUGCAUCUGGUUCCAGUCUUUCAACAUGGGUCAUCUUUGUGUGUACCUUCCUUGUGGGGCCGCUCCACUGCACGGCCUCCCUAAAGAAGUCUGCCUGCACUGUGAAAGAAGGCAGAGCUGACUGCAGUCAUCUCAGCCUGCAUGCAGUGCCACCCGAUCUUCCAGAAAACAUCACCAGCCUGGACAUGUCUCACAAUCAACUGGUGCGGAUUCUCCCUGACUCCUUCAGCCGAUACACAGGCCUGUUACACCUCAAUAUCAGUUAUAACAGCAUCACCAAGCUCGGUGGAGACUUGUGCCAGAACCUUCAUCUACUGCUGACCCUGAAUAUGGAGCACAAUGAAGUUCACAUGCUGACCAAGGAAGAUCUGAAUCAUUGCACUAGUCUAACGUGGUUGAACAUGGCCAGCAAUAGACUAAGGCUGCAAGGAGAACCCUUCAUUGCACUGCAGAGACUGGCGUUUCUUGAUGUGUCUAUGAACAAUCUCCAGUCAGCCAUGCUUGGCUGCCAGCCUCAGCUGCCCGACUUGGUUAUUCUGAAUUUAGGACACAAUGACUUCACAUCCCUGAAGACAAAAGACUUUUUCUACCUUAACCAUUCAUCUUUACAAGUUCUCAACCUGUCAGCCGUGUCCUUAAAAACAUUGGAGCCUGGAUGCUUUAAGCCCAUUUCUAGCCUGCGCAUGCUGAUCCUUGAUAGGAGCAGCAUUAACCUUGCGUUCAUUUCCAAACUUUGCUUGGAGCUGACAGGAACAUCUAUUGAAGCUCUGUCUCUGAAGAAGUUGAAGCUACCUACACUUACAAACAAAACCUUUACUGGACUUCAGAAUACAAACCUAACUUUUCUGGAUCUAGCUGGUAAUGGAAUAAACAAAAUCGAUGACGGCUCAUUUCAGUGGCUGACUAAACUUCAGACUCUAGUCUUGACGGACAACAACAUUAAACGCCUGACCAGAGGAACAUUUCAGGGCCUUAAAAUGUUAACGAAGCUACAGAUGAUGAAAGCGUUGGUUAAUAGUCAUAAAUCUCCACUCCCUGUCAUUGAUAACUUUGCCUUCCAGCCACUGAGCAACCUCAAGAGGUUAAUACUACAAAAGACUGCUUUUAUGGAAAUCAAAGAGAAGACCUUUACUGGCCUGACAAGCCUCACAGAACUGGAUUUGAGUUGGAGUAGUUACAUACAUACCCCACAGAAACACAUCAACAGCAAUAUGUUUGUCUCACUAGCUGAUUCCCCCCUCCAAAAGCUGGAUCUAACAGGAAACGCUCUGACACAGAUCGAUCCAGGAAGCUUCUCUAUUUUAAAAAAUCUCAGCAUUCUUCUACUAGAUCGCAACUUCAUAAAGCAAACCCUUACUGGUGAUGAAUUCAAAGGUCUAGAUGAGAUCCAAGAGCUUCACAUGACCAAUAACAUCCAGUCGAUUAACCUGACCUCUGAUUCGUUUGUUAACAUACCCACUCUCAAAGUCCUGACUUUAGGGAAAAGUCUUAAAGCUGAAGCUUUGAACCAGGAUCCUUCUCCAUUUCAUCCAUUGGCCAACCUGACUGUUUUGGAUCUCAGCAACAACAACAUUGCGAACCUCAGAGAGAAUAUGCUAGAAGGGCUUUUGAACCUCAAAGUGCUGAAACUCCAGCACAACAACUUGGCUCGUUUGUGGAAAACUGCAAAUCUUGGUGGUCCUGUCUUGUUUCUGAAGCACACACAAAGGUUGAUCAACUUAUGGUUGGAUUACAAUGGGUUGGAUGAGAUUCCUGUGAAGGCUUUUAGGGGUUUGAGUAACCUCAGAGAGCUCAGCCUUAGUAACAAUCUUCUUGACAAUCUUCAGUACUCGGUAUUUGACGAUCUGAAUUCUACUCGGGUUUUACGUUUAGAGAAAAACUUGAUCACCUCUGUCCGACCUGAAGUGUUCAGCGUUCCUCUGAGGAACCUCAGUGUGCUUGUCAUGGCCAAAAACCCUUUUGACUGCACAUGUGAGAGCAUUCUGUGGUUUGUGACAUGGUUAAAUAACACGAAUGUGACCAGUGUACCAGGUCUAAGAGACCAGUAUAUAUGCAACACUCCACUUGCUUAUUUUAAGCACCCCAUUGUGGAUUUUGACCCCCUCUCUUGCAAAGAUAUGACCCCAUUUGAAGCUCUUUUCAUACUUAGCACCACCGCUGUUUUAAUGCUGAUUAUUGGUGCACUUCUGGCUCGGUUCCACAGCUGGAGGAUCCAGUUUUACUGGAACAUCUUGAUCAACCGUACAUUAGGAUUCAGCGAUGCCAAAGUUGAAGAGGUCAGAGACUUUGACUAUGAUGCUUAUAUCAUACAUGCAGAGGAAGAUGCCACAUGGGUAGAGAAACGGAUGGUGCCUUUGGAGAAAGACAAGUGCCGGUUUUGUUUGGAGGAUCGAGAUUCUAUCCUUGGCUUUACCCAGCUUGAAUCCAUUGUGGAUAACAUAAGAAAGUCCAGAAAAAUCUUGUUUGUUGUGACUGAAAGUCUUCUCACGGAUCCCUGGUGUGCACGAUUUACAGUCCAUCAAGCACUUCACCAAGUCAUUGAGGCCAGCCGAGACUCCGUUGUCCUCGUCUUCCUGCAGGAUGUGCACGACUACAAGUUGUCUCACACUCUUUUUCUCCGUAGAGGAAUGUUGCGCUCGAGGUGCAUCUUGUACUGGCCUCCUCAGAAGGAGAGGGUACCUGCAUUUUACCAAAAACUUUUCAUAGCACUUGGAAUGACCAAUCGAGUACAAGAGUGACUGCCACCUAAAUACUAGUAUAGCUUCUAUACUUUGUCCCUGUGUGUAAAAAUCCAUUUUUAUCCAUGUAGGUUGGUGAAUGGUUUAUGCUUCAUUUUAAGAGUGAUUUACUUCUAAAUAACACAAAAAGAAUGCAACAAAAUAUAUUUUUAUGGAUUCUACCAAGCCAAAAUGAAGUGCAAGUACACAAAGAGAACAGAUACAAAGUCUGAAAGAGUAUCAGUUUGUGUUUUUACUGUUACACUGUUUUGUUGUGUGUUUUAUAAUAUAACAAGUAUAGCUUUAGCAUCAUUAUAACAUAUAAAGAACAGUUAGCUAAAAUACAUAGUUUAAACUAUAUUUUUCUCCUUAUUAAGAACUGAUGUGCCUUUUUCUGUCUUUGUAAUUUCCACUUGAUCGUUCUGCAAUAAAACAUUCCCAAGACAGUGUCA